GCACUUUCUUUCGUUUAAUCUCGAAUAAUACUAGUAAGUGAAGAUGUCUGGACGUGGUAAGGGCGCCGGUAAAGCCAGAGCGAAGGCCAAGACCCGCUCCUCUCGUGCCGGGCUCCAGUUCCCGGUCGGUCGUGUCCACAGGCUGCUGAGAAAGGGAAACUACGCUCAGCGUGUCGGUGCCGGAGCUCCGGUCUACCUGGCGGCCGUGCUGGAGUACCUGACCGCUGAGAUCCUGGAGCUGGCUGGAAACGCUGCCCGCGACAACAAGAAGACCCGUAUCAUCCCCCGUCACCUGCAGCUGGCUGUCCGCAACGACGAGGAGCUCAACAAGCUGCUGGGCGGAGUGACCAUCGCUCAGGGCGGCGUGCUGCCCAACAUCCAGGCGGUCCUGCUGCCCAAGAAGACCGAGAAGGCCGCCAAGAAGUAAACAUGGACCCUCUCUGACUGCUGGAGACAACACAAAGGCUCUUUUAAGAGCCACACACUAUUUCUAAGAGCAAAUUUCUUUAGAAAGAAAAAUGUACAACAACAAUUUUGACAUGCAGGGUGUUUUGCCUCCAUAACAAUCUUCCUCCAGACUUGUGGAAAGAGGAUAUCUAAGAU